ACAUGUCUGAUUUUUCUGGCGUCAUGCAGACAGAAUGAAAUUUGUUGCGAUUGAGUGAGGAUACGAUGUUCAUUAAGAAACAUGGACAAGUUUUCCGACGGCCACAUUAGCCAUGACACCUACAGGGCCUGUGCCAAGUCAAUGAACUUCUUUUUCACUGAUGGAACACUUCUUAAUUGACUGAUGUCCGUGUAGCAGAUACUGCGCAUGUCACUGCUUUGCUGUUUGACGAUUAGUAUCUAUGAGGACCCCUGGAUUGACUUCCUCUUUCUACCUGACUUCAUGCAAAAAUACUGCUUCGGUCAAUCAAGGCAGGAAUGGGUAUAAUCUUUAUCAUGCUCCUUUCGGCGAUAAAAGCGCUGGACGAUUGGUAUAUCUAGCAUGAACUCCAUUAUCGUACAACGUCCGCAGAGUUCGCCGCUCCCUCACCCAUCUUCUAACAAUGACGUUGAUCUCAAAUCGUCCCAUUUGGUGGCCGUCCAUCAAUGCGAGUAAUGUCAACGGCUAUUUUGUAGUUGCCAGUUGUGCUGGGCUGGUGUACGAUUUCGUACUUUCAUUCGGACAGGAGGUUGAACUGAUCUGGAAGCAACGCUGGUCCCUGAUGACCAUUCUGUAUCUGACUGUGCGCUAUGCUGGAAUACCACUUGCUAUCGCGAGCAUACUGUUUAGCGUUACGACAAUACCGCUGACAGAUAAAGUGAGCCUGAUUUCAUACCUCGUAGUGGAUUGGACGCGUGUCCUCGUAAAUCAAAUACUAGGCAUCAUUCUGAUCGCUCGGUUAAAUGCGAUGUAUCAGCGAUCGAGAAAGGUGCUGGUAUUUCUUGUGUCCAUCUUACUGUCUGUCUGCAUCGCCAACAUAACGAUUGCUGCAUUUUCAGUGAGACAUGGUUCGGGGGAGGAGCUCAUUCUAUCCGGCACGUAUAGGUGCACUGCUGAAUUCGAGGAAAGUUCCCUAGGUCUGGAUACCAUCACUUGGUACAUUUCCAUUGGAUGGGAGUCAAUCGCAAUGUGUUUUGCAAUUUGGAUUGCUGUAAAACGCUUCCGGGAACUGCGACAACUAUCGACACGAGGGAUCCUCGGGGACUGUUUUACGGUAUUGAUCCAAACUCACGUGGCUUAUUUUGCGAGCUUUCUUGCUGCUUCUUGCUUCGAGAUCGGUUAUCUGCUUUCACCGUUGUCAGCGAACACCAUGUCCCUGGAAAGUCAGAUUUAUGCCGGUCUCCUUCAAAUUUUCACCGUCGUGCAGUUGUUUGUGCUGGGACCACGUCUGAUCCUUAGCGUUCGACAAUUUAAUGCUAAACUCGUGGCCGGUCCCGAUAUAGCAACCGCCAUGACUUCAGUUGAUUUCCAGGAGCGUGUGCAUGUGUCAACUAGCAGCAGUGUGUAGCAUGGGAGAUG